UUUCUGAGAGAGGAAAUCAGAUACCGGAAGAACAUGUUUACAAAAAAUAUAACUAUAAAUAGUUAUGUGUCUCAGAAGAUGCCCUCAGCAGUGCCCCAUCAUGACAUGCUUGUGGGCCUGAUUUAGCACAAAAAUACUUUCAUUUGUAUCCACCCCAUGUGUAUUCUGAAACGAGGAUGCUGUGCCUGUCAGUGUAUGCUAAAGAUGGGAUAGAAGGCAGCUAAUUGCUGUUUUAUGCCAGUGGAGAAAAUGCAAUGGGCAGCAUUAGUUUAAUGUGGUAUGUUGUAUGGCACAUAUAUUGUAUGUUAUUAAGCAUUACUGUGCCACAUGUAAGAGACCUUGCAGUACAUUCCCACCAGAGUUAAUUCCUUUCCUGCUCUUUUUUUCUCAUACACAUAAUGUCCCAUUGCAGCCAGUUAGAGAGACAGCCUGUCUUCCUGUGCAAGGAAGUCCUGAGCCACUCUAAGGUGAGACAAUGGCUUUUAGCCAAUGUGGAUUGAAAUUAAAAGUGAUGCAGGAGGGGGAAAGAUCUAGGUGUCAGACGCUCUUUUGGCACAAAGUCUAUUUUGAACAAAGGGGAAGCAAACUAUUAAGCACUUCAAACAGCUGGAGAUGAGGAGGCGGAGCCAAAGACCCCCAUAGUCUGGGCUGAAAUGUAGCAGACCUACUGUAUAAGAAGCUUAGGCAGAGGGACACAGACAGCAAAAGACACUAAGCCUCAUCCUGAAUACUAACACACUCUGCUCCCAUGGAAAGUAUUUUCACAUCAGAGUAUCACCUUGCGGGAGAACUGGAAGUGCCAGUGCCACACUGGAUGAACCCUCAGAAUGUGCCAGCUGCAGGUAUUCUGGCUAAGCCUGAGGGAGCUGGGCUAAAUGGCAGUCCCUCGGGGCAAAGGAAGCGCAAAAGGACCUUGUACAGCAAGUGGCAGCAGCUGGAACUGGAGAGUGUGUUUGCUAUUGUUCCUUACCCAGAUAUCAGCACAAGGGAACAACUGGCCAAAAUUAUUCGACUACCAGAAUCUAAGGUGCAGGUUUGGUUCCAAAAUCGCAGAGCUCGGAAAAACAAAAGUGGGAAGCUUGACAGGUCCCUAUAUAGGAGAGGGUCUUCAGUAAGGCUUAGCCAUCUGUCCUUGCACUCUCAGUCCCCCCCACAGAACUACAGCCAGAGAGAUCCUCUGAUUACAAUGCAGUGUCCUCAAAACAAACCUGUGCAGCACGGAUCAGAGGGCCACAAAUACAUUGCCAUUCAACAGCCACUGUUUGACCCAUACAACGAGCUGUCUCUUCCCCCCUUAGAGCAGUACGUUGGAAUGGAGGAGAAAGAGCAGUGCACAUACGGGCAGAAUGCAUUUUACUGGGAGAACAUGGCUGAGAACAGUAACAGCUCUGCUUCUGAGCCUACGUUGUACAACGUGCCUUUUGUGCAGCUGGAGAAGUAUAUGAAUUGCUCUCAGAUGUCAUACUUGGAGAUGUUUCCUCAAGCCAUGAAUGAAAGUGGAUCACAAACCACACUAGGAUGCAUUUCUGAUCUCAUAUACAAUGCGGCCAUAAUAACAAAUGUAAAUGACUUCUAGGCAUGAGGUGGAAGCAUUACAAAGACUAGACUAUUUUAUGACUCUGCUCUGGAACUUUCUAGAGGGACUAACAAAAGUAUAAAAUGUUUGCCUAAAACUUGGGCAUACAUAUAAGGUACAUAUUUUCAUACGCUCAGUAUGUACAAGCUCGUGCUUUUACCCAGUUGCUUCCUGUGUCUCCAGUUUACACAUGAGGAGGAGUUUGUGAUUAAUAGGAAGGAAUAAUUGCAUGAAGUACUUCUCCUCCUCCCAGAACUGCUUAAGGCAGUAACAUAAAAUUGCUUUCAAUUUCA